AUGUAUUCUCAGCGGCCUUUAUCAUACGCGCCCACGCCUUAUAGCUACACACCCAAUCCGGCACGGUCGGCCACAAUCAGUCUUGAUGAGGAAGUGAAACUUGUAUCCAACUCAGGCGAGCGCGAGCUAUACGAGUCUCUUGCCGAAAUUUACAGUAUCAUAAUCACACUUGACGGGCUUGAGAAAGCGUUCAUCAAGGACGUGGUCACCGAAGCCGAAUACACCGAGACAUGCACACGGCUUCUGAAGCAGUACAAGUCCAGUUUGGGUGACGAGUCGGUAUCACGAGAAUUUGUGGACUUGGAAACAUUCAAGCGGACGUGGGGGUUGGAAUGUCCUCGCGCCACUGAACGACUUCGGAUAGGCAUGCCAGCAACUGUCGAACAAGCCUCACACAAUGUACCUCAAGCGAGUGGCGCAGGAUCUGGAGGCUCAGGUGGUGGUGCGUCUGGCAGCCUCAUUCUGGCGGCAACGGAGAAUUUCAUCACCUUCCUCGACGCCUUGAAGUUGAAUAUGUUUUCGAAAGAUGCCCUGCAUCCGCUUCUCUCUGAAGUCAUACAAUCGGUCAAUAAAGUGACGGACGGGGAAUUUGAAAAUCGCGGAAAGAUCAUUCAGUGGCUGAUUGCGUUGAAUCAAAUGCGGGCAACGGAAGAGUUGAGUGAAGAGCAGGCACGAGAGCUGGCUUUCGAUAUCGAGCAAGCAUAUCAAGGAUUCAAAGCAACAUUAAACUGA